UCUCGAUCCAGGCCAUGCAGCAUCUGAGAUUUUUCCAUAGUCAAGUUUACAUGGGAAAUAGGAGUCAGUGUGGACAUAUGUUCAAGAAGACUCUAAGAGAAAUACGACUUUUUACUGUUAAAAAAGCGUACUCGAGUAGGAAUUCAGUUACAACAACACAGAGGAGAUUUACAGUACCAGCAGCCGACGAGGCUCUGAUACAAGCCAGCCAGUCCUGUUUCUAAAAAUACACGGUUAGCUACCUCGGGGUAGCGGCAAUGUCGAUGUACGGUAAGGAGGUCCAGGUUCCGGGAGAGGCCGAUGUCACCUCGGUGUUCCUACGCGUUGGAGUGAGAUAGAAUCAUAUAUUACCUCGUCAAAACCUGCACGAGAUGUCGCGGAAACACUAUUCUUGAUUCUAUCUUUCAUUACAAUAUCCUUCCUCUUAGAACGACUAUUAACUAGUAUGCUAUCUGUUAAAUGCGUAGCCGUCAUCGGCGCCGCGGCGCUCCCUUUCCUAGGAGCAGCAAUCCCAGCAGCGCCAGCUCCGGCAGCCGAAUGCGCGCCGAUCCCGUCCGCGGGAGAAUAUCCCACAUGGCAGCAACUUCCCCUACAGACGACGCUCCCGGAUCCAUGGCUGCCGCUAGCAUACACCACAACCGACAGCGAAGGCGGCGACUCGCCAUCUUUCGCAUCUGACGUGAUGGCAGGCAAGGGUAAGAACCGGAUCCAGACUCCCGAGGAAUGGUACCGGUGCCGACAGCCGGAGAUUCUUCAGAUGCUACAAGAAUACCAGUACGGCUAUUACCCCGACCACUCGCAGGAGACGGUCAAGGCGACGCGUAGUGGUAAUACGGUCAGCAUCGAAGUGACGGCGGGAGGAAAGACAGGGAAAUUCAGCGCCACGCUGGCGCUGCCGUCGACGUCGCCUGCGCCUGUCGUCAUCAACAUCGGCGGCAUGACCAACCAACCAUAUCUGCAGGCCGGCAUCGCCGUCGUCGGCUUCGACUACUCGAGCGUAGCAGCCGACAGCAACGCCGGCACCGGUGCCUUUUGGGACAUCUACAAAGGCCAGGACAUCGGCGUCCUCACAGCGUGGGCCUGGGGCUUCCACCGCGUGCUCGACGCGCUCAACGCGACCGUGCCGGAAAUCGACAGCAGCCGCGUGGGCGUGACGGGGUGUUCGCGGCUAGGCAAGGCGGCGCUGGCGGCGGGGCUACUGGACGCGCGCAUCACGCUGACGAUGCCGAUGAGCAGCGGCGUGCAGGGGCUCGGGCCGUACCGGUACCACGGGCUCAGCGGGCAGGACGAGACGCUGGAGAACAGCAAGAGCGGGGCCGGGUGGUGGACGGACUCGACGCUCGGCACCUUCGUCAACCACGCCGAGAACCUGCCGUACGACGCGCACACCAUCGCCGCCGCCAUCGCGCCCCGCGCCCUCGUCAUCGACCAGGGCACCGGCGACCAGUUCACCAACUCCAAGGGGACUUCCGUCAUCGUGUAUCCCGCCGCCAAGCUCGUCUACGAUUGGCUGGGCGUUCCCGACCAGAUCGCCAUGUCCGUCCGCGGUGGCGGUCAUUGCGACAUGAGUGGAUUCAACAGCGUCCUACCUUUCGUAACGAAGGUACUCCAGAACCAGACUAUUACCAAGGACUACGACGACCUAGGAAGUUACGGUUCCCCGAUGACGACAGCUUACCUCUGGGCUACUGCGGUACCCACGGCGGCAUGAAAUUUGUGCAAAUAUGCGGCAGAAGAUAUCGGGAUAUUGGGGACCUGUGUAUGAAAAGAAUCAGAAUAGCAAACUUGGGAUUUCGAGAACU